ACCGGAAGAUGGCGACACGGCACCCCACGGAUUUGCAGCGCAGCUAAAUCCCAUGAAGAAGAAAGGAAACCUUUGCACACACAUAUACACAUACAGCCUAUGGCACACACACACACACACACUGAACACUCCGUGAUAACUCUUCCUACAUCUCGAUUUGUCCUGGACAGUCUCGGUCCUCCUUCCGUAUCUCUGCACCAUGUCCUCCGCAGAUCUGGGCCGCGCACUCUGCAUCAUCACCGGGGCCUCCAGAGGCUUCGGCCGGGCCGUAGCGGUGCAGCUCUCCCGGUUGGUGAAGCCGGGCUCGGUGCUCCUGCUGGCGGCCCGCUCCGGGGACGAGCUACGAGCUCUGCAGGAGGAGCUGGCCGGGUCAGAGGCAGGCAGAGCCGGGGUGAAGGCUGUGUGUGUGGAGGCUGAUCUGGGACAGAAGGAGGGACCGGAGAGAGUCCUGAAGGCUGCUGCAGAGGCUUCUUCUGAGGAGAUAGAGCACCUGAUACUGAUCAACAACGCAGGCUCUCUGGGCGAUGUUUCCUGCUUCACCAAAGACUUCACCAACAUGGCCGACGUGGACUCCUACCUGUCUUUCAACUUCAGCUCCUGCCUCUGCCUCACCGCCGGCGUCCUGCAGAGGUUUCCAAAGAGACCGGGUCUGAAGCGGACCGUGGUGAACGUGUCCUCGCUUUGCGCCCUGCAGCCGUUCUCCUCCUGGGUGCUGUACUGCAGCGGGAAGGCCGCCCGACACAUGAUGUUCAAGGUGCUGGCUCAGGAGGAGCCGGACCUCAGGGUGCUCAGCUACUCUCCAGGUCCUCUGAACACCGCCAUGCAGCAGGAGGCCCGGUCCAGUACGGGUGACUCGGGUCUCAGGAAGGCGUUCUCCGACAUGUUCUCUGAGGGGAAGCUCCUCACCUGCGAGGAGUCCUGCACUAAGAUGAUAAAGGUGCUGCUGGAGGACAAAUACACGUCAGGGGAUCAGAUUGACAUCUAUGAUGUGUAGACCGCCACACCUGAGUGUAUCCGUGCCUUUAACUCAGACUGUGUUCAGGAAGUUGCUACUCUCAGUGUCCGUCCUCAUUUCUGGUCCAAAGUCUGAGUACACGAUCAGUUUGUUCUGAUCGACAUGUCCCGUAAAGUCUGAAGGUUGUGACGUGCCUUACUCAUGUUGUCUGUUCCCCGUGUUAAUGUCUGCAGAUUAAUCUGUAUGUAAUCCUCCUCUAUUGAAGAACCUGGGCAUUUCAACAUGUGAGUUAUUCUACGAUAUGAGAUAUUCACACAUUCCUCGCUGUAACAUUUUGUCUUAAUGUUAAUGUGAAAUCAUUCUUUAAUAAGUGCUAACCUCAGGCAUUAUAUGAAUCAGUAGCUAACUCUAUAAAACUGUCACUUUUUAAUGUUAAUUUUUGUUCUUACUCUCAGAGUUGGUGCUGAAGAUCCUUGAAAAAUAUAAAAACUACAUAAAUUAUGUAAAACUAUGUAGCAGCCUCCCACCAUGUUGUCUCUUUUAUAUAUUUCUAUCUGAUGUUUAUCUUUAUGAAUUAUCUUAUUCUUGUAAUUCAGUUUCAGUUCUUAAUAAAAUGAAAAUGAAAUCAAA